AUGUCGACUUCCUUAACUUGGAGCAACCAAAAUGGCACCAUUGUCAUCAGCCGCGAUAACUUGCGGGACUUUUACGCCCAAAGCCUGCAGAACUACCUUCCAAGCGUUUGCUUCCAGGCAGAAGCCCACUGCGAAGUUCAUCAUCUGAUGGACUGCGACAUGAGUUUCUCCAUCAGACCUGGUGGUCAGCCCAACUUGAGUCAAGCGGCUGGCGAAACAGUAUUAUCCUACAGCUACAGCAACCAGGACCACGAUGGGGCGGGCAUCAACAACAACAUUGGUUACUGUAUGAUUGGCACAACCUACAAUAUGAACAUACAGUUCACCAAUGCCAAUGGCGGUGCAUCUGUUGUCAUUAUCCAGCAUUUAGUGAUUAACUAUGACCUUAAAAAGCACUUCACCACAAGUAGCGGGAGCGCGGUUGACAAAACCAUUGUUGACACAUAUACCCUCACUAUUGGCGAGAGUGGCAUCCUGAGCGCAGGUCUCGACUCUCAGACGACGAACAAUCCGACUGCCACUGCGAAUAGUUUCCAGGCUUUCUUCACUGAUUACAAUGCGUUUAUGGGAGACAUGCAAAGUCCGGGCGAUGCUCUUGUAUCAACUGGCGCGCUGAACAUCCCUCUAUCCAACAAGGCCGCAUACAGCUUCCCGAGCGGUCAGACCUCAACUUUCAAGGGUGUUCAGUUCUCGGACACUCAAGACCUUGUUGCUACUGUGGCAUAG